AUGGCAGGGAUUUUGCGCUCAAUAGUUCAGAGGCCCCCAGGGAGACUUCAAACGGCAACAAAAGGUGUGGAGCCUAUUUGUACAGAUUGGAUUCGUCACAAAUUUACGAGGUCAAGAAUUCCAGAUGAAGUUUUUCGGCCUUCACCUGAAGAUCAUGAAAAAUACGGUGGGGAUCCACAGCAACCUCAUAAACUGCAUAUUGUUACCAGAAUAAAAAGUACAAAAAGACGUCCAUAUUGGGAGAAAGAUAUAAUAAAGAUGCUUGGGUUACAAAAAGCACACACUCCUCAAGUUCACAAGAAUAUCCCUUCAGUGAAUGCAAAACUGAAAGUGGUUAAACAUUUGAUAAGGUUUGUUAUUUGUUAUUCUAGCAGUUUCUUAAAACGUGUUACCUGUAACACUAACAGCGUCCUCUCAUGUCACAGAAUCAAGCCCCUGAAGCUGCCCCAGGGUCUCCCAACAGAGGAGGACAUGUCCAACACGUGCCUGAGGAGCACUGGCGAGCUGGUCGUGCGGUGGCUCCUGAGCCCCGCGGACCGGGAAGCGAAGAAGUGCUGA